GCCCCGCCCACCGUUCCCCUCCUCGGUUACCCGUCGUGCUCCGCGCAGCCCUGGCACUGACGUGGCUGCCCGCAGCCGCCAUCUUGUGAGCCUGGGCGGGGAGCGCGAGAGAAGCGCAGGAGGGAGCCGACCCAGAGCCGGGGGCAGCCAGCGCCGGAUUUCAUUGGCCAGUGAGGGAACACCUUAUUUCAAGCAUGGGAAAUAUUUUUGCUAACCUCUUCAAAGGCCUUUUUGGCAAAAAAGAAAUGCGUAUUCUUAUGGUUGGUCUGGAUGCUGCAGGAAAGACCACUAUUUUGUACAAACUUAAACUUGGUGAAAUAGUAACUACUAUCCCUACUAUAGGUUUCAAUGUAGAAACAGUAGAAUACAAGAACAUUAGCUUCACAGUGUGGGAUGUAGGUGGUCAGGAUAAGAUCAGACCUCUCUGGCGCCAUUAUUUCCAGAAUACACAAGGUUUGAUUUUUGUGGUUGACAGUAAUGACAGAGAACGAGUGAAUGAGGCCAGAGAAGAGCUUAUGAGAAUGUUGGCAGAAGAUGAGCUGAGAGAUGCUGUCUUAUUAGUGUUUGCUAACAAACAGGACCUCCCUAAUGCAAUGAAUGCAGCAGAAAUUACAGACAAACUUGGACUCCAUUCUCUUCGUCACAGGAACUGGUAUAUCCAGGCAACCUGUGCCACUAGUGGAGAUGGGCUCUAUGAAGGACUGGACUGGUUGUCCAAUCAGCUCCGAAACCAGAAAUGAAACCAUAAAACUUCCUCUUCCCUCUUUUUCCACCCCUCCCUUUUAUUUCCUCCUCUUCGCCCUUUGCUUUACUCUAAUGUGGCAAACUGUGCUACUUUGUGGUAUUGAGUGCCGGAAGCUGUUUUCAUUACUUUUGUCACAGUAUGUAUUGCACCAUGCUGUAAAUGUGGCAAGUACAAGCCUGAAAACAGUUAGGUUUCUUAUUUAAUGUAAAUAGUUUUUGUUUCCAAUGAGGCAGUUUCUGGUACUCCUAUGCAAUAUUACUCAGCUUUUUUAUUGUAAAAAAUCAACUCACUGUUUUAGUACUGGGAAGGGAUUUAAGCGGAUUAACAUAUGGGUUGCCAGUAGUCAAUGUGCAAUAGAGCUGAAGAUUGUCCCUGUUGGGUUGUGAGAUCUGAGGUGAGAUCCAUUUUGGUGGUUGGUUUUUAACCUGAACUCUAUUUUUUAAAUAGCUACAGAAAAGUAAAACACUUGAACACAUAAGAAGUGUGUUGGACAUAAUUUCUGUGAUUCCAGUUUGAAUACCAGUGAUUUUUUAAUUCUUUUGACAUGGCAAAGCAGAAAUAAAAGCAAGCUUCAUCUGAUUAAAAUACAGAUCUAUGUAACUGCAAGAUCUCUGGAUUUUUCUGUAGUUCAUAGCAUGUGUGUUCAAAGGUUUGUUUGAACUGGUUUAAAGCAGUUUGCAGAUUUAUUCAUACAACUUAAACCACUGUAUUUUACUUCAGAUAAGGUUGAUAUUGUGAUCUUCUAUCAGACUACAGUAAUUUCUGGGAGGUUCACAUUUUUAACCUGUUACAUUCUAUGUGAAGUGUUUUGUACUUUUCUUGUGUGUAAACCACUCCAGAAGGCAAAACCUUUCCACAGAAAGCACAGCCUACAUCAGUCCUAAGCUCUAUAGUCAGAAAGUACUGUACGUAAAUAAGAAAUGCCAUGAAAAACUCACCAAACAUCUAGGUAUAGUGUCUAGAAAAAAGCAUGAGAGUCUGGAGAGUCAUUCCAUUCUAGAAGUAUUCAAUCCCAUUUUGGAACAAUCCCAUAUCUGUAUAUGUGUGAAAACCCUGGGCAUCCCUCAUACUGCAAGGUUCAGAUUUGCCAUCAGAAAAAGAUCUCUUUACUUUUUUCUUUUGUAUUUUGAUAAACACUGAAGAAGCUGGAGCUGUUGAAAACAUUAAACUUGAGGAACUAUGAGAACUGGUUUGUUUAGUGUUGCGGAAACCUGUAUGCUUUCAAUACACAAUUAGUAAUCAAACUGUUUUGUAUACUUGUUUCAGUUUUCAUUUUGACAAACAAGCACUGUAAUUAAAGCUAUUAGAAUAAAAUCUCUUAACUAUUUCAUGUU